CGAUUCAAUUGCCAAAUAUAUAUAUAUAUAUAUAUAUAAUAGUUGGAUCUCCUCUUGCGAUUCAAUUGCCAAAGAACCCAUUUCGAGCUAUGGACGAUCGGUAUCGCGAUGAGGAUGGAGAGCCAUUGAUGGAUUUUGAUGAUGAAGGUGUUCAGUCCGAUCAGGAGCAGAGAGUCGAUCACUUCAAUUACCGUGAAGAUACUGGUUUGGAGGGAGAUGUAGAUUUGCGGCGACAGGAUCGGUCACCUACCCCGGUAUUUGACCAGUCCGAUUCCAAAUCGAAACCCCGGAAGCGUCUUGUAAAAAAGGAUGCGGCCAGGGAAACUAGCCCUGAUCAUGGGAUCGCAAAUGAUUACGAAGAUAUGGGGGAUUUUGUGAGGGAUGAAUCUGAUUACGAUGCCCGGUUGUCAUCGGGCGGUGCGAAGAGAAAGAAGUCGGAGAAUGAUUAUGGCGGCGAAGGCAGUAGGAAGAGAGAUAAGAAGGAAAAAUUUGACAAAAGAGAGAGACAUGGGAGCGAUAAGGGUGGGACGAAAUUCAAGGUGAGGAAGGCUGGUGGGCGUCAGAGGGAACAUGAUGGAGAUCAGGAGGUCAAUGAGAUGUGGCAAACAAUAGCCGGCGGUGAUUCUGAGGAUGAUCAUGAUGGUAAAAGGACGCUUGAUGACGAUAACUUCAUUGAUGAUGCUGGCCUUGAUCCUGCAGAUCGAUAUGGAAGUGAUAAUGAACGCCAUUCUCCUAGUAGAUACCCUCAGGCUGAAGAAGGUGAGGAGGACGAUGAAAUCGCACAGCUUUUCAAGGUGGGAAAGAAAAAAAAGAAACAUGAGAAAAGUGCUGCAGAAAUAUCAAUGCUUGUUGAAAAUGUGAUGGCCGAACUAGAAGUUGUGGCUGAGGAAGAUGUGGAACUUAAUAGGCAAUCCAAGCCAGCUAUAAACAAACUCAGGAAGCUGCCGCUUCUUCAAGAAGUGCUCUCUAAGAAACAACUUCAAGCUGAGUUUUUGGAUCAUGGAGUUUUAACCCUGCUAAAGACUUGGCUCGAACCUCUUCCAGAUGGGAGCCUUCCAAAUAUAAACAUUCGAGAGGCUGUAUUGAAGCUCUUACAUGAUUUUCCAAUUGAUUUAGAGCAAUUUGACAGAAGAGAGCAACUGAAGAAGAGUGGUCUUGGAAAGGUCAUUAUGUUUUUUUCAAAGUCAGAUGAAGAGACCACAUCGAACAAAAGACUUGCUAAGGAACUAGUUGACAAAUGGAGUCGACCUAUAUUCAAUAAGAGCACGAGAUUUGAAGACAUGAGGGGUUAUGAGGAUGAGAGACCUCCUAUGCGGAGGCCAUCAGCGAAAAAGCCAAUGCGUAAGGGUUCAGGAAUGCAAUCUCGAGAUGACGACCUUGACUUAGCUGAAGUACAAGGUAAAGAUGUAGGGCAGUCAUCCUCUCGACUUACUACAAGGCCUGAGGCGAUGUCCAUGGACUUUAUUGUUCGUCCUCAAUCUAAAAUUGAUCCGGAUGCAAUAAGGGCUCGCGCUAAGCAAGUUGUACACGAUCAGCGUCGAAUCAAGAUGCAAAAGAAGCUGCAACAGUUGAAAGCACCAAAGAAGAAGCAGCUUCAGGCUACAAAGCUGAGUGUGGAAGGACGCGGCAUGGUCAAGUACUUGUAGUUGGUCGGCUGGCUGGCUGCUGUGAACAAACCACCACCAAAGUAUCAUAUUAUUAUUCUCUGCUGCUGCUGCAUGGUGUCUUAUUCUCUUCUUCUUUUUCUUCUUGUAUGAAAGAUUGUAUGGAAAAUUAUAGAAAAAAGACAAGCUCUUGGUUUAAUAUUUAAAAAUUGAUGUGGGAUUUUAACAGAAAUAUUUUCUUUCAUAAACCACUAUUUACAUUUGCUUUUGCUUU